AUGCGUAUGGCACUUAUUUCGAAGAACAAAAUCAAGUUUGUUGAUGGCAGCAUCACAGUACCUGGAAAGAAUGAUCUUGGAUAUGAUGUUUGGGAACGUUGCAAUACUUUAGUGCUCUCAUGGCUGAUGAGAUCACUUUCACCCUCUAUAGCUCAGAGUGUGAUUUGGAUAGAUUUUGCUAAAGAUCUAUGGGAAGAUUUGCAUGAAAGAUUUGCUCAAGGAGAUGCAGUAAGGAUCUCUGAUCUUCAGAAUGAGAUUUAUUCUUUAAAACAAGGUAAUUCAUCUGUCGUUGAUUAUUUCACUCAUUUGGGGACUGUUUGGGAUGAGUUGAGCAAUCUAAGGCCAAUUCCUACUUGUAAUUGUCAUUCAACUUGUGAUUGUGGACUUGUUGAAAUUGUGAAGAAAUAUCAUGAUCAGGAUUUUGUGAUAAGAUUUCUUAAAGGUCUUAAUGACAAAUUCUCUGUGGUUAAGUCACAGAUUUUGUUAAUGGAGCCUCUACCCUCUAUUAAUCGUGUAUUUGCACUUGUGAUCCAACAUGAACGAGAAAAUGGUGAAAAUGUCUCUGCUCAGCCACAGAUGAUUGAAUCCAACAUCUUGUAUGCUGGAAAAGGAAACUUUAAUGGUCAAAACUACAUGCAGACUCAAUCUGCAUCUAGUUCAAAUUUUAAGCCUAACACUGGUUAUAAUCAGUACAAUACCAAUGGAUCAAGGAGAUAUAGUAACAACAAGAAACCAACUUGUACUUACUGUGGAGGCUACGGCCAUCCAGUUGAAAAAUGCUUCAAGAAGCAUGGAUACCCUCCUGGUUAUAAACCACCAGUCAGAAACUUCAAUGGAACAGUAAACCAACUUGAGAUAGAUGAAUCUCAUAAUAACAAUGAUCCUCAUGUCAAUGGUGAAGAUGACAAUUCACCCAUGAUUCUCACAAAGGAACAAUACAAUCAACUCAUAAGCUUGAUUCACACUCAGAAUCCUGCUCAAAGUUAUGCUCAGAGUCAUGCUCAUGCUCAGAGUCAUGCUCAGACCUAUGCUCAAAAUCAGACCUAUGCUCAGAACCAGGCUUAUGCUCAGAAUCAGAAUUCUCAACCUCAGAUUAAUACCCUUGCUGCAAACUUCAAUCCUAUUGAAGAACCAGGGGCAACUGAUCACAUAGUCAGUUCCCUUGACUCAUUGAUUAAUCCAAAACCAGUAUCUCAUGUGUUUAUAAGACUACCUAAUUCACAAAAGGUUCAAGACAUUAUCAAUUGGAAGACGAUUGGUAUAGCUGAACUUCGCAAUGGUUUAUAUCAAUUAGUGCAUUCUGAUGAAUCUGUUUCAUGUUCAAAUAAUAUGUUUGUUAAUUCUUGUAAAGUUUCUUCUCAAAAUUUGUGGCACUGCAGAUUUGGCCACCCUUCUUUUCCUAGAAUGCGUGCAUUGUAUCAACUAGAUAAUAGAAUAGACACAAACCAAGACUUUCAAUGUGAUGUCUGUCAUCUAGCUAAACAAAGAAAACCUUCAUUUCCAUCUCCAGUAGUCGCAAAAAGCCUAGAUCCUGAAGGUUUUAGGGACUGGGAUUGA